GAAUCAUCAAUUAAUGAAAUGGGGGGAUACCACUUACUAUACUCCGUAGAUGACUGUGGAGGAAGAAAGGAACGGAUUCCCCGCAACCCCACUUAAUUUUUGCCAUCGCUUCUUCCCUUCGCGUCAUCGCCGAUUUUGCUUCCUCCUCCAACAUCCCAAUCGCUUCAUUCCCAAUUGAAGCAUAACAUAUCCUCACAAUGCCUCACGCCGACUCCUCCUACUUCGGCUCCGCCAAUGGCUCCAAAUCCGAAGUCUACACACAGGUCCUCGAGCAGGCCCGCGGUCUAGUCUUCGACCAGCGCAACUGGGUCAGCAACUUCUCCAACGUCGCCUCUCUCCUCUGGCACGCUUACGCCGCUCUCCCCGCCCCCUCUUCCUCCGUCAACUGGGCAGGUUUCUACAUCCGACAGGACAAAUUCCCCUCCCUGAAUCCCAGCAAUACCUCGGAGCCCAAAAAGCCCGUUCUGCUUCUCGGUCCUUUCCAAGGUCGGCCCGCAUGUCAGGAGAUUCGGUUCGGGCGGGGCGUGUGCGGUACCGCGGCGGAGAAACGCGAAACGGUGGUUGUGCCGGAUGUGUUGAAUUUCCCGGGCCAUAUUGCUUGUGAUGCGAGUAGUCGGAGUGAGAUUGUGGUGCCGAUUUUGGUUAAUGGGGAGACGAUUGCGAUUAUUGAUGUGGAUUGUGCGGAGCCGGAUGGGUUUGAUGAUGAGGAUAAGAAGUAUUUGGAGGAGUUGGCGGCAUUGUUGGCUGAGUGUUGUGAUUGGUAAAGGGUCUACGAUAUAUAGAUAUCUACUUCGUAGGGUGUGUAAUGAUACUAGGUGUUGGAAUGUUAAUGGUUUGCAUGUCGGCA